AUGCCGGGGCUAAGAGCGCCAUCGGACUACUCGCAGGAGCCGGCCCGCCACCCGGCCCUCAAGAUCAACGCCAAGGUGAGGGAGAAGCCGCCACCACUUCUCCUCCGAUGCGUGUUUCAUUCUUGGUCUCGAUGUUUCUUCCUCAUGCCAGGACCCUAAUUUCUUCGGAUUAUACGAUUCAACAGUUUGGUUCUGGCCAUUCUCCUCUUGGUGGAAGGCGAGGUAAUCUGUCCACGGUUUUGAAGGGAGGAGGGCGACGUGGAUCCUAUCUAUCGGGGGGUAGCGGAGGAUGCUUAGAUGGGACUCGACGAAAUGGCGUUAGGGAAUUUUGUUCUGCUGUCGUGUGAACAUAUCGGUUGCAUGAGAUUGCAUUGUGUUUAUAACGCGGGCGAUCUGUAAAGAGGUGACCGUAAACGAUCUUGUACUUCUUCCAAAGCACGGCCGAGCAGUUGAUGUCUUUGGCCUGCAGCGCGGCUAUUGUUCGCAUGGUGUACGCUUCUUAUCGUUUGAAGUUGGCCAUUGCCGCCAAAAUCUCUCCGUCCUUUUGGUUUUACAAUCUGCUAUGUGUAGCUACCGCUCAUCUUGUAGAAUUCUUAUGCUUAUAUUCGUCUAUAAUCAAUCAAGUACUUUAUUAAGUUAAAAGAAAAUCAUUACAGGGGAAAGGAACUCCAUCUACUUUUGCGCUUAAUUAAUGUGUGGCUUUUUACUCGGAGAAACAGACUUUGUGCUUGUGCUCUUGAAGAAAUCAUGUUUCUCAGAUACAUUCUGUCUUUAUUGUGCAGGAGCCAUUCAAUGCUGAGCCACCUCGUGCUGCUUUGGUCGCAUCCUAUGUCACCCCCGUAGAUAUGUUUUACAAGAGAAGUCAUGGGCCAAUUCCUAUCGUCGACGACAUAAACAGGUCGUUUCUUACUCUGAUCUGCUAAGCUUGAAUAUACAUCUAUGAGCGUACGUUCUGAACCCCCGUGUGGCUGAGCAGAUACCGAGUGUCUAUUUGUGGUUUGGUAGAAAAGCCAAAACAGCUGUCGAUGGAUGAGAUCAGGUGAGGGAACCAUCUGCAUGAAUCAUGUUUUUUCGAGUGAUUCAGCAUUCUUCUUACCUUUGGUAUUGACAACAUUCAUUGGCUGCUAGGAGUCUCCCCAAGUAUAAUAUUGUGGCGACCUUGCAGGUAAAUUACCAUCCAUACAUUUGCUGUUAGGGCGCUUACUUUAAUAUUGCAAAAAAAUAGAAAUUUGGUGAUAAAUAUCUCAAAAAAUUGAAAAAUCAGUGUGCAGGUAAUAGGAGGACAGCAAUGAGUAAAAAGAAGACUGUUAAGGGUGUUGGUUGGGAUGUUUCUGCGCUUGGAAAUGGUUUGUAUCUCUGUAGUUUGCGGUUUUUCUGAUCAUGUCAUUUCAUAAUAUUGCAGGCAACUGAAAGUCUCAUUGGCACUGCUGCACCCAAAAUGAAAGUUAUCGGUUGUAAAGUGAUGGGUCAAUGGUAACCUAGACACUCGAAUUCUGGCCAAUUCCGUACCUAGAUAUUUGAAAUUCUUAUGUGCAAAAGAUGUUACCAGAUAUACUCCAAUGCAUGGGAGUAAGGAUUAAACAGACAGAUCGCUUAUCCACAUAAUUAUCUCCAAGAAAGCCUAGAGCAACGGGAUGAAGGGCAAGAAAGAGAUUGACGAAGGAAUGGUGGAAUUCCUUUACGAUAUCUAGAGAAGAACUGAGAACCAUGAAGGAGAGGAGAGUCAAAACGAGAAAAAAGGAGUAAGGAAAAAAUGUGGCAGCAUUAUUAUCAAUAAGGUUAAAGAGAAGAUGCAAAGUAAAGCCUUUUGAUAAAAGAAUGGCCGAUCACUGGUUCGUCUAGAGGCUCUCAGUUACUGUUCAGCUUGACAAACAUGAGAAUCCAUCUAGUCUAAUUCACUUCAUCACAUCUUGGUACACUAAAUCACGAUUUACAGGAAAAAAAAUUAGAUGCUAUAGAAUAUAAAAUAAUACAAUUUUGAAGCAUUGCAUGUUUAAAAAUUAUUUCAUUUUUCGGCCUUCUUCUCAGCCAGAGGCCAGAGAGAUAAUUUCCAAGGUUGAAAAUUAUCCUGUCAGAUAAAGCCUAGCUCAUCAGAAAACAGAAACCUUUUGAAGGAAGCAUAUGUUAUAUAUAGAUCUCUUCAUGAAGGUUUAAUUUUUCGAUUUCACAUUGGUCUAGCAGAUCGAUACUAUUUCACCGUGAUUGCUUUUCAUUCAUGUUGCAUACUUCCGGUAAUUGAGCGUAAAUCGUUUCAUGUUCAGCUGUUUGGGGAGGUGCCAAAUUAGCAGAUGUCCUUGAGCUAGUUGGCAUACCUAAACUAACAGCCACCACACCUAUGGGAGCAAAGCAUGUCGAAUUUAUCAGUGUUGACCGAUGCAAAGUGAGUACAAGUCAUUUUCCUAUUUUGAAAUUUGUUAUGUUGAAUUGAUGCCAAUUCAAUUCUUUGGUUUUUUAUUCUACAAUUGAUUAGUCCUUGGCAUAAAUUUUCAAAUAUGUAGGAGGAAAAUGGCGGUCCAUACAAAGCAUCAAUUCCCCUAAGGCAGGCCACAAAUCCUGAAGCUGACGUUUUACUCGCUUAUGAAAUGAAUGGAGAGGUAAAUUAUAUAAUCCUCAUGAAACUUCAAGACUUUACUUGCAUAUUCUGUCUUUGGGGCUGAUAUUGAACUUCUAUUUUGAUACACAUGGUAGCAAAUCUGAAGAGCCAACUCUACCCACGUAUCAUGUUAUACAAUGAUUUUGGCAGAGUCCGUUAACUUGGGCUCCCCAUCAAAACAGUACGCGACCUUAUGGGACAUUCUUCGAGUCCUGUUAAGGCACAAAUUCAAAGGAGAUUGAUUCUAUCAAGUGUUUCAAUGGAUUUAGGACUAAAAAAAGUAAGCACUAAAAAAGGCAAGCACCAAGCAUCAAGCCCAACAGAGGCCCACUUUCUUAGAUUUAGGACCAAGCCUUGUUCCAUGCUCUACUUAAUCAUAGUCUGUAUUGUUGUGAAUGAAUUGUAUCCAUUUAUAUUACCUGUGCAUUUUAGUCCCAGUCAUAUAUAUUCAUAUGCUUUAACUUAGGAUAAAAUAUAAAAAUAGAAUCUGGGGUUUAACUUUGCAAUUAUCUGUAGUUUCUUGCUCCUGAACUUGGGCUUAGCUUUGUUUAAAACCCAAUUUGUGAAGUCCAGAAAAAAAAACUGAAUGGGCUCAUCAGCACUCACAAGAUUUCUCAAUGAGAAUACUCGUUGACUUUUCGACCUUUAUCUCAGAAAUUGAUCUAACACGUUCUAGCUUCUCAUGUUGCUGUUCAAGGUCCUUAAUCGUGAUCAUGGGUAUCCAUUACGCGUGGUUGUUCCCGGGGUUAUUGGUGCGCGAUCAGUCAAAUGGUUGGAUUGCAUCGAAAUAAAUAAGGAAGAAUGCCAGGUCGGAAUAGAACAACCCAUUUCUGGUGCCAGGCAUCAUUCUUUUUCAGGUAUUUCUCGUUGACUCAUAGUGUCCCAUGACCCAGGGUUUUUUCAUGCAAAAGGACUACAAGAUGUUCCCCCCUACGGUCAACUGGGAUAACAUUAACUGGUCCGACAGAAAGCCUCAGAUGGAUUUCCCCGUUCAGGUCCCCUUUCUCUCUCUCUCUCUCUCUCUCUCUCUCUCUCUCUCUCUCUCUCUCUCUCUCUCUCUCUCUCUAUGUUAUAUUUUAGGCAUUAUAAUUAUCAUUUUUUUAUUUACCAUCUAUCUUGUAAUAUCUGAAAAAUAAAGUUGCCAUCUAUACUCUGACCAGUGCGAUAUAAUUAAAGUGAAAUAAUUUCCUUAUAUUCAUAUCACCUUAAGGAAAAUAAAAUUUUCCUUUUUCUGUCUGGUAGAGUGCAAUUUGCUCUUUGGAGGAUGUUGAUAUCGUAAAGCAAGGGAAGGUGAGUGAACUUCGUUCUUCGUGUGUAACCUUAUAUUUUCUUCGAUGGAAAACAGAGAUGGCUGACUUCCUUUGGAUGUUCAGCUUACCAUAAGUGGAUAUGCAGUCUCUGGGGGUGGGCGUGGCAUCGAGAGAGUUGACAUUUCUUUGAAUGGGGGCAAGACCUGGGUGGAAGCUCACAGGUAUCAGAGGAGUGGUGUCCCAUAUGUGUCGGAUGAUGUCAACGGUGACAAGUGGGCCUGGGUCUUGUUCAAGGCUGAGGUGGACAUUCCAGAUAAUGCCGAGAUCGUUGUUAAAGCAGUAAGAUCUGAAUCUUUUGACUACUUUCUGAAAAUAAUGAAUAAAAAUAUUACGGUUAUUUAGGCAGUCAUUUGUUGCUGUUCAUCUCUUAGAUAAUCUCUAAGUAAAUAAAAAAAUAAAAACAGAGUAAAAUUAUAUGGAAAAGUUCUGGAUGAGCCCAAGCUCGUCAGACGAAUAUUUAAGAAAAAAUGCCAGAAAAAUAUACGGAUGUUGCCAAUUUAGAUUUGAUAUUAUUUUAAUUAAUUAUUUAAAUGUGGAUGAUAUGGCUGUCGAUGAACAGGUUGAUUCAGCAGCAAAUGUCCAACCUGAGACUGUGGAAGAGAUAUGGAACCUGAGGGGGAUUCUCAACACAUCAUGGCAUCGGAUACGCAUCACAAAUGCUUUGAAAGCUCCUCAUUCCCAUCUGUGA